GUUUUCUUCACCGGAAUUGAUCACGAGAGCUUCUAACCGGGUCAUGUUCUGCCCCCUCAGCUUAAAUGACUGAGCCUCCUUUUUGUUUUCAACAGUCUCAACUUGAAUCACCAUCACCAAUAGCUACCUUAACUGUAUAUCCUGGAAACACUCACUCAACCCCUCGAGUUCUCACUCACAUCCUCCAAACAUGGGCUCAGUAGAAGUCAGCAAGCGGGGAAUCCGCAUCGCCAUAGAUAGAGGCGGUACAUUCACGGACUGCGUCGGCAACCCAGGAACCGGGAAGAUGUCUGAUGACGUCCUCAUCAAACUUCUCUCUGUAGAUCCCUCCAACUAUGACGAUGCUCCACUAGAAGGCAUCCGACGUCUUCUUUCUAAAUUCACUGGCAAGGAAAUCCCCCGUGGCGAACCUCUCGACACCUCAGAUAUCGAGAGCAUACGUAUGGGGACUACGGUAGCAACGAAUGCGUUGUUAGAGCGUAAAGGUGAGGAUAUUGCAAUGGUGGUUACAAAGGGGUUUAAAGAUUGCUUGGCUAUUGGCAAUCAAUCACGGCCGAAUAUUUUUGCCCUGGAUAUUCGGAAGCCAGAGGUACUGUAUAAGAAAGUAGUGGAGAUAGACGAGCGCGUGACCCUGGAAGACUACGCUGAGGAUCCGGAGAGGAAUCGUACUCAGGCGGAUUCCAUCGAUGAGGCUGGCCCCGAUGCGGAGCUCGUUCGGGGAUUGUCUGGGGAAACUGUACGCAUCCUACAACGACCGUCAGAUGAGACGAUAAGGAAGCAAUUACAGGAGGUAUUUGAUGGUGGGCUCCGGAGUAUUGCUGUGUGUUUGAUGCAUGGCUAUACAUAUCCAAACCACGAAGCACUGGUUGGCAAGAUCGCAAAAGAGAUUGGGUUUGAGCAUGUAAGCUUGAGCCACGAGCUCAUGCCAAUGAUCAAAUUAGUUCCGCGAGCAACGUCGGCAUGCGCAGAUGCCUACCUCACUCCCGCGAUUCGGAAAUACAUUGAAGGCUUCUCAAAAGGGUUCGAGGGUGGACUCGGCACCAAGAGCGUGAAACGUGAAGGAGGAUCCAAGGGCGCUCGAUGUGAAUUCAUGCAGUCCGACGGCGGCUUAGUAGAUGUCGACAUUUUCUCCGGACUCAAGGCGAUUCUCUCUGGUCCGGCUGGAGGUGUGGUAGGCUACGCGUUGACAUCGUACGACCCCCAAACAAAGAUCCCGGUGAUAGGUUUCGACAUGGGGGGUACUAGCACGGAUGUAAGUCGAUACGGCGCGGGAAGAUAUGAUCAUGUGUUCGAAACCACCACAGCAGGAGUCACAAUCCAGUCUCCACAGCUAGAUAUCAACACUGUAGCAGCGGGUGGAGGCUCACGCCUCUUCUGGAAGAACGGACUUUUUGUAGUCGGGCCAGAAUCAGCUAGCGCACACCCAGGACCUGCGUGCUAUAGAAAAGGAGGUCCUUUGACCAUCACCGAUGCCAACUUGCUGCUGGGUCGACUCCUGCCAGACUUCUUUCCUAAGAUUUUUGGGAAGAACGAAGACGAAGGACUCGAUGCAGAAGCUAGUGAGAAGCUCUUCAAGGAGCUGGCUGAGCAGAUCAACAAAGAGGUGGCUGGUGGGAAUAAGGAGAAAGAGAUGUCAUUGGAUGAAGUGGCCAGUGGCUUCAUCAAGAUUGCGAACGAGACAAUGACCCGUCCGAUUCGAAGCUUGACUGAAGCGCGAGGUCACGACACAUCGAAACAUCGACUUGCGACAUUUGGAGGCGCUGGAGGUCAACAUGCGGUUGCGAUUGCGGAAGCUCUUGGCGUCUCGCAGAUCCUAAUUCAUAGAUACUCAUCGGUACUUUCGGCGUAUGGUAUGGCAUUAGCGGACGUGGUAGACGAGCGCCAGGAGCCAGAGUCAAAGGUGUGGUCUGACGAUAAGGAUGUGCGAGAGUAUUUGCAAAAGAAGAUGAAGGAACUCAAGUCGAAAUCAGCGGCAAGAUUAAACGACCAGGGGUUUUCGGCGAACGAUAUACACUUCGAAGAAUACCUCAAUCUUCGAUAUCGUGGAACGGAGUCCGCGUUGAUGAUCAUCAAGCCCACGAAAGAGGACGCCGAGAAGGAGUAUGAUGGAGAUGAGUGGGCAUUUGGAAAGGCGUUCGUAAAGCAACAUGAGCAGGAAUUUGGGUUCACUCUUCCAGACCGAGACAUCAUUGUAGAUGACGUCCGAGCUCGAGGGAUUGGCAAGACUUUCGAAGGUCUAGAGAAGACCGUAGACCAACAGUUGAAAGAAAUCAAGCCUAAGGACUUGGAUAAAGGCGAGAAGCAGUACGCUACACGAAGCGUAUACUUUGAAGGUGGUCGACAAGGAACCUCAAUCUACAAGCUCGAGGACCUAUCAGUGGGUGAUCGCAUUAAAGGACCAGCCAUUAUCGCAGAUGGAACCCAGACUAUCGUUGUCACCCCGACUGCAUCUGCACUCGUCAUCAACACACACGUCAUCAUCAAUAUUGGGGAGAGCAAUGAGCAGGACAAGCAGAUUGAUACCAAAGAGGUGGAUCCGAUUCUGCUCAGUAUAUUUGCUCAUCGCUUCAUGGCCAUUGCCGAGCAAAUGGGACGAGCAUUGCAGAAGACGAGCGUAAGCACCAACGUGAAGGAGCGUCUGGACUACUCUUGCGCUCUAUUUGAUUCUGAAGGCGGCCUCGUUGCGAACGCUCCUCAUCUUCCUGUUCACCUAGGCAGCAUGUCCACUUGUGUCCGCAAACAAGCCUCCAUCUGGAAAAACAAGCUUAAAAAAGGCGAUGUGCUCGUCUCUAACCACCCAAUGUUUGGCGGGACCCACCUCCCUGACAUUACAGUCAUCACACCCGCCUUUUCUAACUCCAAGAUAAUCUUCUAUGUCGCCUCGCGCGCCCACCACGCCGAUAUAGGCGGCAUACUUCCCGGCUCUAUGCCGCCCCAUUCCCGAGAACUCUACCAAGAAGGCGCGGCUAUCAAGUCCGAGAAAUUAGUAUCAGAGGGGCACUUCAACGAGAAACGUAUCACGGAGUUACUGCUUGACGAACCAGGACAAUAUCCUGGGUGUAGCGGAACGAGGUGUCUAUCCGACAACAUCAACGACCUAAAAGCACAAGUCGCCGCGAACCAAAAAGGUAUCAAUCUUAUCUCAACGCUGAUGUCAGACUACGGGGAAGACGUUGUGAAGUUCUAUAUGACAUCCAUCCAAGCAAACGCCGAGUCUUCUGUGCGGUCUCUGCUGAAGGGAGUGUAUAAGCGUUUCAAAGGUCAAGACCUCUCCGCCACAGAUUUCAUGGACGACGGAUCCCCCAUCAGUCUACGUGUCUCCAUAGACCCUGAUAAAGGGGAGGCGGUAUUCGAUUUCUCUGGCACGGGGCCAGAGGUCUAUGGUAACAUCAACGCGCCUGAAGCGGUGACCUAUUCCGCGAUAAUCUACUGCUUGCGUUGUCUUAUCUCGGAAGAUAUCCCACUGAAUCAGGGCUGCUUGAAACCGAUACGUGUCGUUAUUCCGAAGAAAUCGUUCCUAAGCCCGUCGGAUAAUGCGGCAGUGGUGGGCGGGAACGUGUUGACUAGCCAACGGGUCACAGACGUGGUGCUUAAGGUGUUUAGAGCCGCUGCGGCGAGCCAGGGCGAUACGAAUAAUCUAACGUUUGGGUUUGGAGGAACGAGUUUCGCGAACGGGGCGGGGGCUGAGAGGACGGAAACGAAAGGCUUUGGAUAUUACGAAACUAUUGCUGGGGGCUCGGGCGCGGGUCCCACAUGGGAGGGAACUUCAGGUGUGCAUACACAUAUGACGAAUACCCGGAUUACAGACUCGGAGGUGUUUGAACGCAGGUAUCCUGUCUUACUCCGUAAAUUCGGUCUCAGGAUAGGGAGUGCGGGGAAGGGUAUGCAUAGUGGUGGGGAGGGCGUAGUCAGAGAUAUUGAGUUUAGGAUUCCGGUGCAAGUUUCGAUUUUGAGUGAACGCAGGGUGUAUCAUCCGUAUGGGCUUGAGGGUGGAGAGGAUGCUGCUUGUGGACUUAAUAUUUGGGUUAGGAAGGUUGAUAAGAAGGUAGUAGAUCAGAAACUGGAUUCGAAGGCUCCGGUAGAGGGGGAGAGGGAGGGGGUGGAAUCAAAGACAAAUGGUGCGGUAGAGGUGUUGGAGAAGGAGAUGCUUGUACCGGAGGCCGCGAAAGAGAAGGAAGAAGAAGCGGAAUAUCGGUAUAUUAACUUGGGUGCUAAGAACACCGCGAGUAUGAAGCCUGGAGAGCGAAUUAUUAUAUACACUCCUGGUGGCGGCGGAUGGGGAAAGGAAGGAGAGGAAAGUAAGGUGGUGAAGAGUCAGAAUCCGAAGGAAGCGUGGAGACAGGGGAGUAUUGCCUCGAGGCAGCAGACGGCUGAAGCUAGUGCGUGAGGAGGUUGGCUGAAGGAACGGGCUGAAUGUGGUAGAUCUAUCCAUCUGUGGCUCUUAGCCCGUAUGACGGAGCUUUAGCUGAGACAUCAGAUAGCUGUCCAUAUUAGGUAUCUAGAUAGAGUUAUGAACCCGUCAUCACCAUUC